AUGCGUUUCAUUGUGUUGUUCCAUGGCAUAAUCCACCAUAAGCGCUCCUUUCCGCUGCUUAAACAACAUCUGCUCACGGUCAGCUCCACAGGUGACGCCUCUCGCAAUCUCCAGGGCAUCGGAGAGGUCUGGAGAUCCCUGGCGCCGCUCUCUUGGGGCUCCGGCGUGGAUCGGCAGUUGGCUGAGAUGCCGCGGCCGCACCACUGGGCCAUUGAGCACAUCCCCUUCCUGAAACAUUUGGCGCAGCAGGGUCUCAUCUCAGAGUCCCAUGGACGGAACGCGGUGCAUGCCUCGCGACCCAUUGGCCACGUGCGCUUUCGCCACAACGGGCUGCAGCCCUUUGGGGCCAUCAGCUUUGCGCUGGCGGCGGUGCUCAUCACCUCCUCCGGUCGCGCCUUAGAUGCCGCCGAGUCCCUGGCGCUCCGGGACGGCGACGACGUCAUCACCGCCGUGGCGCUGCGGAUGGAGCUGACGGCAGCGGUGAAAGCUGUGGCGCUUUGGUGCUAUGGAGGUGAUCGGAUUGUCACCUGGGGUGAUCCACGCCUGGGCGGUGACGCUUCUGCCAUCCGCGCGCGAAGUUUAGCGGAUCCGGCAGUACCUAUGUCGUUAGCACCCUGUAUGGAGAUUUGGCACCUCUUUGGAUGCACUAGGGAGAGGCUUUGGCAGCACCUCGACGGCAGCCUUCGGGUACUGCCGGGCUUCUUUGAAGCCAUGCCCGUGCCACCUCUGAUCGAUAAUGGAGGGAGAAGUGCCUGUGGAAGUGGGGCGGUGGCACUUCGCACCACCUCGGCGACAUGCUGGACGGGUGGUUUGAGCACAGUUCGCAACUCUGGAUAUGCAUGCUUGCUAUGCAUCAGACAACUCAAUGCAGGCUAUGUGAGGGGUCUUGCAGUGGUGUUGGCAAUCUUGACCUGCUGCUGGUUGCCAGCAUCCGUGAUGACUUUGCUCCAUGACUCCCAGCAUGAUCAUUUCCCCGAGCAGUCUACUCCGCUGGGCCGUUUCUACCUGCCAAGCUCGUCGGAUGGCCAGCAAGUUCCCUUGCAACGCACUUGGAAACGUGCUUGGCAUGGCUCCACUCUCCAUCGCAUCGAGCAGAUCGCGCGCGAGGGGCUGAAGGUGGGCAAGAAGGGGAUCUAUUUGUCUCCAUCUUUCCAAUACACCUUCUGCCUCUACAGUCUCCCUGACUUGCGCGUGGGCAACGAUCGCUUUCGCCUGGUGCUGGAGGUGCGCGUGCGGCCCGGAGCCUUCAAGGAGCAUGGUGACCACUACAAGCCCUUUGGCUCGGCCCGCGGGGGGUGA